UUUCUAGUUGUCCAUAUCGCAAAUGAUCCUGUUCAGAUGGCCCUGCCUGCUCGCAUCCCGCUCGACGUGCGUCAUAAUCGGUUCAGUGGAACUAGCGCUGUUGUUUCGGAGAUCCCUUUGUUUUACCCAAGCCCACUUGGCGAUGAAAAGUUUAAAGAUCAUGAUCCUAACAAGAUGUACCAGGCUGGUGAAUUCUUUACAUUCAAAUGCAACACCAAGGACCUUGACUCGGACCAGACGAUCGAUCAUGUAGAAGUGAACUGGACGAGAGUAUCAAGGUUCAGUCCGUUCAUGAAAAUGAAGGACAAUACUGGAUAUCUUGUAUUCCACUGCACUGGAUUCAAACUACCUCAGGGAUCUACUGUAGAUGAUCUUGACCCCCUCUUGGUGAACGAGAUCAAGAGGGAUAUGACGGCUUAUGCAACUGCACCAGCCGAAUAUAAUCCAAACGCAAAGAAUGUCACAAGUUGGACCUACUUUAGAGAUAACUUUGAUACUAUUGUCAGUAAAGGAGCAAACUAGCUUCUAUAACAAAAUAAAUCUAUGUAUGUGAUGAUAUGCGCAAUAUGCGAGGAAUCUUUUUCAUGAAAAAUGAUAUUUUAUUUAUAGUCCAAAUGAGCGCAUAAAUAAUAU